AAAAUCAAAAUCAAAAUAAAAAAUCAGUGUGGAUUUUCAUUUGGGGUUUGUGUGUGUGUGUGGGAGAGAGAGAUAGAGUCUUCAAAUGAGAGUGAAAUGAACAGCCACAAGUUCCAAGUCUUUGACUCCGUCCCUGCGUGAGUGUAAAAGUAAGUAAAGUAACUAAGUAAGUACAGAGCUUUGUGCGAUUCACUCAUGGCAAAGCGCGUGUACGAAGCCUGGAAAGGAAGUAAUAAAUUCAUCCUUGGUGGGAGGUUGAUAUUUGGGCCAGAUGCUAGAUCACUGCUUGUUACAUUAUUGCUGAUUAUUGUCCCUAUUGUCAUCUUUUGCGUAUUUGUUGCAAGGCAUCUUCGGCAUGAGUUUUUAAAUAAUAAUGUGGGAUAUGCAAUUCUGGUGGUAGCAAUUGUCUUUACUAUCUUUGUCUUGGUGCUUCUUUUUCUUACUUCAGCCCGGGAUCCGGGUAUAAUUCCACGUAAUUCACAUCCACCAGAGGAAGAGUUUCGUUAUGACUCUUCAGUGUCGGUUGAUGUUGUGGGGGGACGACAAACGCCAAGCCUUCAAUUCCCUCGAACAAAAGAAGUAACAGUCAAUGGCCAUCCUGUGAGGGUGAAGUAUUGUGAUACUUGCAUGUUAUAUCGACCUCCUCGUUGCUCCCAUUGCUCCAUUUGCAACAAUUGUGUGGAGCGUUUUGACCACCAUUGCCCUUGGGUGGGCCAAUGCAUUGGAUUGCGCAACUAUCGUUACUUCUUUAUGUUUGUUUCUUCAGCAACUCUUCUUUGCAUCUACGUCUUUGCCAUUUCAGCUCUGUACAUCAAGGUUCUGAUGGAUGAUGAUCAGGGCACAGUUUGGAAAGCAAUGAAAGAAUCUCCUGCAUCUGUGAUACUAAUGGCCUAUUGUUUCAUCUCUCUGUGGUUUGUUGGGGGACUAACUGGCUUCCAUUUGUACCUUAUAGGCACAAACCAGACAACCUAUGAAAAUUUCCGGUACAGAGCUGACAAUAGGAUCAAUGUUUAUGACCGGGGUUGUUUGGAUAAUUUUCUUGAGGUAUUUUGCACAAAGGUGAAGCCCUCAAGGAACAACUUCCGGGCUUUUGUUCAAGAAGAGGUACAAAGGCCUCCCCCUUCGCCUGCCCCUCGGGAAGGAGUAUCAGCAGAUGAUUUAGGUGCUGAUCCACGUCCGAAGGUAGAAGAUGAUCUAGAGAUUGGUGAAGACCUAUUGAAGAUCUCUCAGCGUCGUAAUAUUGAUGAAAUUGAUGAGGACAUACGCAGCAGAGGUAGCAAUGGACCUCCCCAUAAUACCUCAGAUGCUGAUUCUGUUUUGGGUUCGGAUCAUCGAGCCCCCACCAUUCGAGCUGAUGCUCGCCACUCAAGUUGGGGAAGAAGGAGUGGGAGCUGGGAAAUUGCACCAGAUGUCUUUGCCAACUCCAAUGUCACUGAAAGCAGAAGUUAUGUCACUCCAAAGGAAGCACGUCAGUGAUAGGGAAAUUUGUUUAUUUGUUCUUAGCGUGAUGGGUGAUUACUUUGAUGAUGUUCUUUCCCUUGUCUGGGAGGACGGUGACAUUGAUGCAAUUAUGCCAAGGGGAGUUCAAUUUACUCAUCUUUCAGGUAUAAAACUUAUAUUACUUCCUUUUAAUGAGAUGCUAGCUAUAGCUCUUCUAUUUUUUUAGAAAGCAUAGAAAUGUGUGUAAUUGUCUGAGAGAUCAGGAGAUUAGUGUCUUUUGUCAAUUUCCCGUUUUAUUCUUUUGUUAUAUAUUGUUAUUAUAUACUGCUACUUUGGAUCCAAUUGCUAGUGCUGGCUUUAUUCUUUGUGUAAAUUAA